UUUAUGAAUCAGUUCUGCAGCUCUUCUUAGUGAGCUGCAUUUGGAAUCUGUUGAUACGGAUUGCUUUCAUGUUUCAUUUGCUCAAGACUCUAUAGAUAAGCAGACAGCCCUGCCCUUCCUGUGACGAACAUAAGGGCUGCAAGAUAGAAGACCUGUUGUGGACGGUCCUGGGACUCGGAUUCUCAGCAAAACAUACUUUUGUAUGAUUUGAAACUGUCACCAUGGACUUUUCACGUCUACAUACGUACACUCCUCCCCAGUGUGUGCCAGAGAACACUGGCUAUACAUAUGCACUCAGUUCAAGUUAUUCUUCAGAUGCUUUGGAUUUUGAGAUUGAACACAAAAUAGAUCCAGUGUUUGAUUCACCAAGGAUGUCACGGCGUAGUUUGCGGUUAGCUGCUGCAGGAGUUAAUAAACCAGACAGUGCCCGAAAUGAUAUCCUCCAUGACAGCUCUUACUCCGGGAGCAUCACUUUCAGGGAGCAGUCUUCUAACAUGGUGAAGCAGCGCAAAAGCAUAAAUAAGCAGUCUGGCAGUGUGAAAGACAUGCCAAGGAAACAUCUGUCCAGCUCUCCCAUUUUUAACCAAAGCAGCUUCCUCAGCCGUGCCAGCGAUACGUCGAUGGUGUCCACUGUGCUGGAUGAGUCUUCGAUUCGAGAGCAGACAGAAGUUGAUCAUUUCUGGGGUCUUGAUGAUGAUGGUGACCCUAAAGGUAGUGAUGCCACGCUCCUGCAGAGAAAUGGUGAUAUAGCAACAGCAGAAACGCAGACUACAAUGAUAAAUGGCUACACGUGCAGUGACUGCAGCAUGCUGUCUGAACGAAAGGAGGUUCUUACAGCGUACUCUGCUGCUCCUGGGCCAUCUUCCAGGAUUUAUUCCAGGGACAGGAGCCAGAAACAUGCAUCUAGAGGCACCUAUUUCUACGUCAGUAAGAUUCUGCGAUUGGUCAAACAUACUGCAGCAUCUCUUGCAUCACUAUUAGUGCAACUAUUUCAAAUGGUUUUGCUGAAGCAGAGUUAUGAAUCUAAAGCUCACUCAGAUUACUGUGGAAGCAUGAAUAUAAAGGAGUUUUACAGAGAGGACAGCCGCUUUGGUGUCAGUGAGGAAUCAAUAUGUGAUGACUGUAAGGGGAAGAAACAGCUUGAAAUACACACCACAGAGCACAUGCAAUCCUCCAGGGCUAAAAGGGUAGCAAGGACCAUUUCGCACAUCUUUUCUUAUGCAGGUUACUUUGUGCUGCACGUGUUGCAAACGGUGGGAGCAGCUGGAUGGUUUGUGUCCCAGAAGGUGUUGGCUCUCCUUUGGCUGGCCGUUCUUUCCCCAGGGAGAGCAGCUUCUGGCAUCUUCAGGUUGCUUAGAGCUGGCUGGAAUCAACUUCUUGCUCUGAUGUCUUUGCUGAAGGUGUUUAUUCUUAGAAAAUGCCUUCCAAAGGUUUCCAGGCUAUUGCUGUUUCUCAUCCCACUGCUGUUUCUACUAGGUUUAUGGUUCUGGGGAUUUGACAGCUUCGUUGCACUGCUGCCUCUGUUGAACUGGACAAGAAUUGAUAAAGUGCAGAGCACAGAUGACUCUAUUUAUGUUCCUGGUCCACAACCUGAUUCUUCUCAUUCUGUACAGCCUCCAAAGGAUACCAUAAAUAUAUUUGAUUCUGCUCGUAUAAAUGAGCUGGAAAAGCAGAUGGCCUUCGUGUCUGACAAAUGCCAUCAUCAUGAUGAAGAAUAUAGCAAAGUGCUGCUUCUACUCCAUAAUCUUCAAGAUCAGGUUGCCCAGAUGGGUGACAGAAAUGAAAUCUUGAAGCUAAUAAGAAAUGUGAUGGAUCAACAUCUUAAAGAUAAGAGGCUGGAGGAAAAGGUAACGACUGACUUCCUGGCUUUACAUCAAGAGCACAACUUGCGCAUCGUAACAUUGGAAGAUCUUCUUAGAAAACUCUCUGCUGAGUUUAAGGACAUUCAGAAGGAACUUGAAGUAGCCAAAGCAAAAGCAAUAAGAGAUGGUGAUGAACAUAACCAACUCUUAUCCAGAGUUAAAAAGCUGGAACUAGAGUUGUCUCAAGUGAAAUCAGAGCUGUCAACUGGAGAAAGUGUGAAGACAAGUUAUGAGAAAAUAGAUGUUAUUCAUGAAAAAGUAGAUGCCCAGGUUAAAGAAUCUGUCAAGAUGAUGGUUUUUGGUGAUCAGCACAAGGACUUUCCUGAAUCGCUUCUCCAGUGGCUUACAUCCAAUUUUGUGACCAGAAGUGAUCUGCAAACUUUGCUGCAGGAUCUGGAGUUGCAAAUUCUCAAGAAUAUCACUCUGCAGAUGGCUGUAACAAACCAAAGAAUAACAUCUGAAGUAGUAACAAAUGCUGUGAAUAACGCAGGGAUUUCUGGAAUCACAGAAGCACAAGCACAGAUCAUUGUAAACAAUGCAUUGAAGCUGUACUCCCAAGACAAGACUGGGAUGGUGGAUUUUGCCUUAGAAUCUGGAGGCGGCAGCAUUUUGAGUACUCGCUGUUCGGAAACCUAUGAGACAAAAACAGCGUUAAUUAGCCUCUUUGGAAUUCCUCUGUGGUACUUCUCUCAGUCUCCCAGAGUUGUUAUUCAGCCGGACGUGUAUCCAGGGAACUGCUGGGCUUUCAAGGGAUCAGAGGGAUAUCUUGUAGUUAGACUUUCCAUGAAGAUCUACCCUACUGCCUUCUCGUUGGAACACAUACCAAAAACACUUUCGCCAUCAGGAAAUAUCACCAGUGCUCCUAGGAAGUUUUCAGUAUAUGGCUUAGAUGAUGAAUAUCAAGAGGAGGGCACGUUUCUGGGUCAGUAUGUCUAUGACCAAGAAGGGGAGCCGCUGCAGAUGUUUACAGUGGAGAAAAGUGAAAACGUAUUCCAGAUAGUGGAACUGAGAAUUCUUUCUAACUGGGGACAUGCAGAGUAUACCUGCCUUUAUCGGUUCAGAGUGCAUGGGAAGCCUGCUGAAUAAUCCCCUACACUACAGCGUGGGUUGCUUUGUUGUACAUUUUGUUUGCAAUCUGUAUAUACCGGACAGCCUACAACACUGGAAUCUUUGAAGGACGAGGAUGCGAGAUAUAUUCUGCAGAGCUACCAGUCCUCUGAUAAAGACUGUCAGCAGAACUGUAUAAAAUAAAACUCACUUGCUCUAA